GUAUAAAUUAUUAAUAAGAACAACCAAAAACCAAAAAAAAAAAAGAUCUUAUCUCCUGUUUUCUCCCUGCCCUGCUUUCUUCCUCUGUAUGCCUUUCAAACAAUGGCGGUUUCCAACCCAUGUCCAUAUCUCUUCAGGAUCACCCUCUUCCUGUUUCCAAUCAUAAACGCCGAGUCAUUUUUCUACAACUUUAACUCUUCCGGUCAAAGCAUGGACGACAUACUCCCGGAAGGUGAUGCAAUUAAAUACAAUGAUGGUCUCCAGCUCACGAAAAAUCGACUCGACAGUCCCAUCAAAUCAAGCAGCGGCCGAGCGUCGUAUGAUAAAAAAGUGAAGCUUUGGGAUGCCGGAACGAAUACUCUCACAGACUUCACCACCCAUUUCUCAUUCAUCAUAAAUACAACGAAUGGUAGCUGGGGCGGUGACGGCAUGGCCUUAUUUAUUGCACCAUUUGAUGCAAGACUUCCUCCGAAUUCGCAAGGGUCAAACCUUGGAUUAUUCAGUGCUGAAACUGCCUUCAAUAAGUCGGCAAAUCAUAUUGUUGCUGUGGAGUUUGAUACUUAUCAGAAUUUGGAUUGGGAUCAGCGUGAAGGUCACAUAGGAAUCAAUAUCAACAGCAUCAUCUCAGAAACAUAUGUGUUAUGGAAUAGUAGCAUGAAAAACGGAUCAACAGCAAAUGCAUGGGUAACUUACAACUCCACCACUAAAAAUCUACGUGUUUUUCUUACAUACGCUAAAAACCCAGAAUUCCAUGGGGAAUCUAGCCUUUCAUAUACUGUAGAUUUCCGCGAGUGGUUGCCGGAAUAUGUUAGAUUUGGAUUCUCUGCAUCCACUGGAUCGGAUGUAGAAAUACAUAACCUUCUUUCUUGGUCAUUCAACUCAACCUUGGAGGAUGACAAAAAGGAGAGCAAAGCAAGACUUUGGAUCGGUUUAGCCGUCGGGCUUAGUGUUUCGGGUUGUGGAUUAGCUCUCUUCUGGUUUGUUUGGAGGAGGAGGGCUCGGAGGAAUAAGGAAAUAAAGGAGGCAUACGAUGCCUCCAUGGAUGUUGAAUUUCAGAAAGGAACUGGGCCAAAGAGGUUCAUGUACCAUGAACUCAGCCGUGCCACCAACAACUUUGCACACGAAGGCAAGCUUGGAGAGGGAGGAUUUGGAGGAGUCUACAAGGGAUUAUUAGCAGAAUCCAACAUGGAAGUGGCGGUGAAGAGGGUUUCAAGCGGAUCAAAGCAGGGGAAAAAGGAGUACAUAUCAGAAGUCAAAAUCAUCAGCCGUUUGAGACAUAGGAAUUUGGUUCAACUCAUUGGUUGGUGCCAUGAACAGGGUGAAUUCCUUCUCGUCUAUGAGUUUCUUCCCAAUGGAAGCCUUGAUUCUCAUCUAUUCCGUCGGAAAGUCACGCUAACUUGGACUCUAAGGCAUAAAAUAGCCCUUGGCUUGGCCUCUGUCCUGUUGUAUCUUCACGAAGAGUGGGAGCAAUGUGUUGUGCAUAGAGAUAUCAAGUCAAGCAAUGUCAUGUUGGAUUCGAAUUUUAAUGCUAAGCUCGGAGAUUUUGGCCUAGCAAGGCUUGUAGACCAUGAAUUGGGUUCCCAAACAACAGUUUUGGCAGGCACAAUGGGAUACUUAGCCCCAGAGUGUGUCACAACUGGUAGAGCUAGUAAAGAAUCCGAUGUGUAUAGUUUUGGGGUGGUUGCACUUGAAAUCUGCUGUGGAAGAAGGCCAGUUGAACAAAAGGCAGAUCCAAGCGAGGUAAGGCUGGUGGAGUGGGUUUGGAACCUCUAUGGACAAGGCCAAAUUCUUGAAGCAGUUGACAAGGGAUUAAACAUGGACUUCGAUGAGCGACAGGUUGAGUGCUUGUUGGUUGUUGGACUAUGGUGUUGCCAUCCUGAUCCUGCGUUUCGACCCUCUAUAAAGCAAGUGAUAAAUGUUCUGAAUUUUGAAACUCCAUUGCCAAGCCUGCCAGCAAAGUUGCCAGUGCCAAUGUAUUUUGCCCCUCCAUUGCAAAUGUGUAGCUUCUCAUCUACAUCAUCUGGUCCUCCACAUACAGGGUUGGUUACGGAUAGAACUCAGUGUUCUUGCAGCAGUUGCACUACUUAUUCGUCCAAAUCAACAGGCUCUUCUGAAGCUCUAUUGAAAUCUCACACAGCUGGGAUUUAGGAUGCCAAAUGUUCCUCUUUUGUUUCAAAUUUAAUUAAGGAAGAAGAAGUUAGUGAGCCUCAAUUAGAUAUUAAUUAUUGUGUGUACUCCUUCAAUAUCUAUGGUAAACAAUUCUUGGUUAAACAUUAAUUCAAUUGGGGAGUGCAAUAAUUAAUCUAAAGGAUGUAGCGUGUAAUUGUAUACUGGUUGUUGAUUGUUGGUGGGCGUAUUUUUGUCAAUCAUUUGAUCUUGCAAAUCCUGUAAUAUUGCAUAUUGACAAUUUUUUUC